GCUCUAUUUGCCGCAAAAAUCCACAAUCCGUGCGCUUUUUUAAGGUCAAAUGCGUCGAUCCGAAAACUUAUUCACCCCCCUCUUUAUAGGUGUUGCAUAGGUAAAAAGUAACCCAAAUCACGGUCAUUAGAAAUAGGCUGGGAAUUGUGUAGAAUUGCGAAAGUUAAAGUGCAAGCACUUGAGCGCUUUCCCCAGUAAUCUUGGAUAGUCACUGGAUAAUCUGGAAGCCUAGGGUCAGUAAAAGCCUCAAAGACACACAGGUUCCUUUAACCAUUCGGGUCAUACCUUUUUCAACAAAAGAAAGCGGGAUCUCUAAAUACGUUACUGUUAUCUCUAACAUUGACGCUCAGAGAUAAAUUAGCGAUAAUAUCUCAUCAGUCGUUCCCGUCGACCGAGUCGGGAGAUUCGUCAAGGUACGCCCAUGUCAUGCCCUCGUUACGCCCCCGCAAGAGUCUUAUUUUGUGAGGUCACAUGACGAGCGAUCGAUCGUACCUGAAUAUUUACAUUGGAUCCAGACGGUGGCAGUAUCAGAUCGCUCGCUGCUUCCAAGAGCGUAAGACGUAGACGUUGUUUGGCGCGUAGACGAAGACGUAGUCUGGCUGUCUCUUCCAACAGCAUUUUCUGGUGAUCGAUCUGUGUCGCUUUGAAAUCGGACCUGGUUUGACCGUUAAACACUGUGCCGAGAUCGGGCUUGAAUACGCUUGCGUUUUCUUUCGGUUUUGAGCACUCUCUUGUCGCAUCUUUCUUCAAUCCAGGCCUUGAUAUGCAUCGUGUUGCGGGAGCAGUGUUUUGUGUACUAACUGUAUCAUUGUGGAGUGGGAUUUGCGCCUUCGUACCUCUUCCAGAAGAAAAUAUGAACGUAACUGAGUUGAUUUCAUACAAUGGCUACCCUGCUGAACAAUAUAAUGUAAUCACAGAAGAUGGUUACAUAAUCAACAUUCAGAGAAUUCCUCAUGGACGACAACAAAGUUACUCUGCUGGUCCUAAACCGGUUAUUCUGGUUCAGCAUGGGCUCCUGUCUUCCUCUUCUGACUGGGUGUCAAAUUUACCAAAUGAGAGCUUUGGUUUUAUUCUUGCUGAUAAAGGAUUUGAUGUGUGGCUUGGCAAUGUUCGUGGAAAUACCUAUGGUUUACACCAUGUCAAUCUCUCAGUGGAUUCAGAUGCAUUCUGGGAUUUUAGCUGGGAUGAAAUGGCCAAAUAUGAGCUCCCAGCUAUGGUUAACUUCAUUCUCAAGAAAACAGGGCAGUCAUCGCUAUACUACGCUGGCCAUUCACAAGGAAGCCUUAUGGCUUUUGCAGAGUUGUCAAGAAAUCAGCUUUUGGCUAGCAAAAUAAAGGCUGUGUUUGCUCUGGGACCUGUUGCUUACUUGGGUAACAUGAAGAGUCCACUGAAGUAUCUGUCAGAUUACCUUCCAGAACUUGAGGAUAUUUUCAAAAUAUUUGGAGUACGCGACUUCCUUCCCUCUGAUGAAAUUUUGCAUUGGAUGGCAACACAUGUUUGCGGGCCAGAUGAUCUACGAGUGUUUUGUUCCAGUGUGAUAUUUCUUAUAUCUGGAUUUGAUGUCCCGCAGUUAAACAUGACCCGACUUCCUGUGUAUAUAGCUCAUACUCCUGCUGGGACAUCAGUGAAGAAUAUGGCACACUUUGCUCAGUUGUACAAGUCCAAGAAGUUCCAAAUGUAUGACUAUGGCAGUCCUGAGAAGAACAAGGAACAUUAUGGCAAUACCACUGUUCCACAGUACAAUGCAUCAGCUGUCAGCGUACCUGUUGCACUUUACUGGGGAGGAAAUGAUUGGCUAGCAGACCCUGACGAUGUGAAGAUUUUAAUGCAAAAGCUUCCUAACAAGUGGUAUAACAAAUACAUUAAAGCAUGGGAACAUUUGGACUUCAUUUGGGGUUUGGAUGCAGGGCCACUUGUCUAUGAUGACGUCGUUAAUAGGAUUAUCAAAAUUGAAAAUGGAUCAUGACCUGCACACUGGGAGUCUAAACAGAUGAAGAAAUCUUACUGUGCCUUCAUAUUGAACAUGCAAACUCAGAAGUUAUAACUUAUCGUACAAAUUAUUUUACACUGCUGUCAAUAUUUAUCUUGGCCAAGGUCUCCAGAAAGGGAAGUUUAUUUCAGCUGGCAUCAAGAGGCUAUGUCCUUUAGGUGUUGGAUGUUGUUGUAAGUUAAUCAUGUAUGAGAGCAGCUCGUUGGUAGUUGAGUUUAUAACUUUUGAGUUCAUGUGUUGUUGAAAGGUGCAGCAAUGAAGAUGUAACAAUGGUAUUGUUAAAAUGGAAAAGGAACUAGGAUCAUCCUGGAAAUGCAUACAAAUGUGGGAAUUUUUUACAAGCUUACAAAUAUAAUCGUACCUUAAUGUACAUUUUUUUUUUAGGAGAGUAAAUUUUGUUUUAAAAGCAACUGGAAAACAGGGUGAUUUGUGAAAAUUUAUUUGCAAUUAAAUUGUACUCACUUUCAGUGUUUUGAUUUAAGCAUGUACUAAGGAGAAAGUAGCAAUAUUUUAUAAGGUACACCAUAAAGUUACAUUUAAAAAAAAAACAUUCUAAAGAAAAAGAGAAUUAGUGAAUCCAAUUUUUCGAACUACCUAGGCCAACGGAAAUUGGAAAAAUCAGGGGUAAUUUUGUCAUAACCCAUUUGCAAAAUAAACUUAUGGAGGAAAAAAAAAAUAUUAGAAUGAUUGGUAGGUUUGAAAAAUUGGGAUUCCACUGUACCUCAAAAUAGCAGUAAGGUAUUCUAUUUUGUUGAGGAAGAAAGCAGGGGGGGAGCAGAAGAUCAUAUCAGAUUAUCUCCAAGAGAAAAUUAAUAUGGUUAUUCAAAGGAAACCAACCCCCACAGAAGUGUCUUUUGUAAAGGUUGGUUUCCAUGUUGAUGAACUCCCCUCAGCAUAAUUUACACUGCUCUUUCAAGUCCAGCCUUGUUCCUCCUCAUUUGGAAGAGGAGUACAGGCUCCUUUCCUGAACAGAGGUUGUAAUCCAGUCUAUAAAUCUCUGGAGAGUCAAGCAGCUUUCUUGUGGCUUGGUUAAUAUCCACCACUAUUCACACUCACUUCAGUGAAUUAUGGAAUUGUGAAAAUUUCCUCGACUUGGCAAUGAUUCUAGUUAUGGAGCAAGACCAUAGGCACUUUUUCUUUAUGAAUGAGACAAACAGAAAUGGGAACAUCUGUUUUAAUAUAAUUAUGUGAAUUAUAGUCAGACUUAUGUGAAGUGUGAUUUGAUCUGUGUUGUCUGAUGAAGAGGAAACACGCUAGUCUCUCCAGUUUUGUUCUAGAAGGUAUAAAAUAAUGACAGCAAUUGAUAAUUAUAAUAAUUUAUAAGGUGCAGAUUUCCAUAUUUUUAAGUUGUAGAAAAUACAAUGCUCUCUUAUGUUUAUUUAUCAGUUGUAGUAGUUUUAUGCUUUUGAUAUUCAUUUUCAAAUGUAGUAGUUUUCUCUGCUUUAUAAUCAACCAGCACAUUGUGAAUAAAACUACACAAUAACUGCAA